AUGCUACUCCUACCCUUCCUAUCACUACUCGUCUCGGGUAUCUACGCCGAUGUAACCAACUCAUCAGAUACAUCUCACUCUUACAAUAAUAUUUUCCAACGCAAUGACGAAAUCACUCGUCGCCUAUCCCAAGAUAUCAUCCAAGGCAUUCGUAAAAUGGCACCCGACGAAGGCGAGAAAUUUUUCCUCUCAUAUUAUAAUUUCGCUGUGUCAACCGAUGGGAAUUCUACUCUCUCCGACAGAGACCUGGAUCCCAAAUACGAGUAUCCUCUCCUCGCUCGCUCAUUCCCGUUCCAGUCCGCUCUGGAAGUACCUGGAAAUGCCUUGGGUCUGGAGACGAGAGAUUUUAAUUGUCCAACUGGGACAAACGCAUGCACGUCCAUCGGCCGCUCGGAUCGGUGCUGCAGUACUGGUAGUACGUGCGAAAUCGUGACGGAUACGGGGUCUGGGGAUGUUGGCUGUUGUCCGAGUGGGGAAGUUUGUUCUGGGACUGUUGGAUCUUGCGCGAGUGGGUAUACGACUUGUUCGGCGGCGCUGGGGGGCGGAUGCUGUAUUCCGGGGUAUGAGUGCGUUUCGGGGGGAUGUGCUUAUCUCUCCGUUGUGACGAUUACGGUUGAUUCGAGUGUUGUGAUUUCUACGGAGACAUAUUCUACCAUUCCACAGAGUACGCAUUCUACUCAGUCGACGACCUCGACAACUUCGACUUCUUCGACAUCGACCGAGUCCAGUAAGACGGAAACUACUGAUAGCCUGAUUCCUCCGGCGAGACCUACGAGUCUGACGAGUCUUACGACAACGAGUCAAUCUACGACUAGUCGAGUGGAUGUUUGUCCAACUGGGUUCUAUGCUUGCUCGGCUGUUUACCAUGGUGGUUGUUGCCAGACCGGGAGAGAUUGCGAUACUACGUCGUGUCCGACGACCUCGUCGACGACUUUUACAUCGGACGGGGUGACGAUCGUGGAGCCUGUCGCGACAGGAUCCUCAAAAGGCACGGGGAAAUGUGCCAAUGGCUGGUUCAGCUGUGCUGACACUGUGGGCGGUGGGUGUUGUCCGUCUGGGUAUGCAUGCGGACAAAGCUGUACGGCGACUGCGGCGCACUCCACUGUUGCCAAGGAACAGGCGACUGCGACGAGUACUGGGAGUCGAGUAGGGGUGAAUUGGUUAAAUUGGAUAUUUGGGAUUAUUUUGGCUCAAACGGUCGCCAUCAUGUCCGACAAGCCGCAGCAGCCCCUCCCCUUCAUCUACCAGUUCGCCGCCGGUGCGGUGGCUGGUGUGUCCGAGGUACCCAUUGGACGUCGUCAAGACCCGAGUACCGGAGUCCCCGUCGCAGGCGCUGAGCACUACAAUGGCAUGUUCGAUUGCUUCAGCAAGAUCGUCAAGACCGAGGGUUUUUCGCGCCUGUACCGCGGUAUCUCCGCGCCCAUCCUCAUGGAGGCGCCUAAGCGUGCGACCAAGUUCGCUGCCAAUGACAGCUGGGGCACCUUCUACCGCAACGCGUUCGGCGUUGACAAGCAGACGCAGUCCCUGGCCAUUCUGACCGGUGCCACCGCCGGAGCGACAGAAGCGUUCGUGGUUGUUCCCUUCGAGCUGGUCAAGAUCCGUCUGCAGGAUAAGGCGUCAGCCGGCAAGUACAAUGGUAUGUUGGAUGUCGUGAAGAAGAUCGUCAAGACGGAGGGUCCCCUGGCCAUGUACAACGGUCUGGAAUCCACCUUGUGGCGUCACAUCCUGUGGAACGCUGGUUACUUCGGAUGUAUCUUCCAGGUUCGCGCGCAGCUGCCUGCCCCUGAGCCUGGUAACAAGGGCCAGCAGACCCGUAACGACCUCCUCGCUGGUUCUAUUGGUGGUAUCGCUGGUACUAUCCUCAACACUCCCAUGGAUGUGGUUAAGUCGCGUAUCCAGAACACCUCUAAGGUGUCUGGCCAGAUUCCCAAGUACAACUGGGCCUGGCCUGCUGUUGGUACCGUCAUGAAGGAGGAGGGCUUCGGCGCGCUGUACAAGGGCUUCAUUCCUAAGGUUCUGCGUCUCGGCCCCGGAGGUGGUAUCCUGCUCGUCGUGUUCACCGGAGUGAUGGACUUCUUCCGCAAGAUGCGCGAGGAGCAAUAA